UGGUGCGCGCGCGACCGGCUCAGUGCGGCCGGGCACUUGGGGGAGGCGAAGCUCUAGGUGGUGUACGCUGCGGGCGUCGGAGGCAGCGGGGAGCGGAGUGGGGCCGCUGGGGCCUCGUCAGGGCCGUAGCGGCAACAGUUGGGCCCCCCUGCCCCGGCCGGCGGCCCGGAGAGCGCAGGAAGGGGGCCGGGGGGACCCUCCCCCGGCCGGGCUCAGUCAUGAACUCCAACGUGGAGAACUUGCCCCCCCACAUUAUCCGCCUGGUAUACAAGGAAGUGACAACGCUGACCACAGACCCGCCCGAUGGCAUCAAGGUCUUUCCCAAUGAGGAGGACCUCACCGACCUGCAGGUCACCAUCGAGGGCCCUGAGGGGACCCCAUACGCUGGAGGCCUGUUCCGUAUGAAACUCCUACUGGGGAAGGACUUUCCCGCCUCCCCACCCAAGGGCUACUUCCUGACCAAGAUCUUCCAUCCAAAUGUGGGCGCCAACGGUGAGAUCUGCGUCAACGUGCUCAAGAGGGACUGGACGGCUGAGCUGGGCAUCCGGCACGUGCUGCUGACCAUCAAGUGCCUGCUGAUCCACCCUAACCCCGAGUCUGCCCUCAACGAGGAGGCGGGCCGCCUGCUCCUGGAAAACUACGAGGAGUAUGCGGCCCGUGCCCGCCUGCUCACAGAGAUCCACGGGGGUGCCAGUGGGCCCAGCAGUGGGAGGGCUGAGGCCAGCCGGGCCUUGGCCAGUGUGGCUGCGGCCUCUUCCACCGACCCCAUGGCCCUUGGGGGCCCAGCAGGGGCUGAGGGGCCCAUGGCCAAAAAGCAUGCAGGUGAGCGUGACAAGAAGCUGGCGGCCAAGAAGAAGACGGACAAGAAGCGGGCUCUGCGACGGCUGUAGGGGGUUCUUCCCUCCCCACCCGACCCUCAACUGUCUCUAAGUUAUUUAAGUUAUGGCUGGGGUGGGGGAGGGCAUGGGGCACUGGGAGGUGGAUUUGUUUUUCUAAAUAAAGUUGGAAAAGCA